CGGAGCGAGGGGGUUCCCCCUGCUGCAUCCUCAGACUGGGGCCGUCAACUUCCAGCUGCGGCGGCGACUUUCAGUUUCAUUUCCCCGGACCCUCUCGCUGGGCCCAGCCGCCGCCGCGAUGCCCAGUAAGUUCAGCUGCCGGCAGCUCCGGGAGACCGGCCAGCGCUUCGAGACUUUCCUGGUGGUUCGGGGGCUGGAUGGGGAGCGAGAUCGCGAGGUGCUGCGGGCCGUUUACUACCAGGACUUCAAGAUCAGCUUUCGGACCCCCAUCCCUGGUUUCUCCUCCAUGCUGUAUGGAAUGAAGAUUGCAAAUCUGGCCUACGUCACCAAGACUCGGGUCAGGUUCUUCAAACUCAGCCGGACUGAGGAGCAGGUACCAGAAGAUACAAAAAUGAAGCCAAUGUCAGAUAUCAGCAAACAGCACAAGUCCCUGCUAGCCAAGAUCUAUUAUGACAGGGAUGAGUAUCUUCAUGGGAAACAUGGGGUGAACGUGGAGGUCCAAGGCAACCAUGAAGCCAAAGAUGGGCAGGUCCUUAUUCAUCUGGAUUUGAACUGCAAGGAGGUGCUAACCCUGAGCCUUCAGAAUGGAGGGACCCAACCUGUCACACUGACCCAUGUCCUCCCGUUCUGCCGGUCUCCCCAGUUUGUCUUCUCUGAUGGAGACAAGGAACUGCCCUGCCGACUGGGGCCUGGUGAAUGCUAUGAGCUCCGCGCCCAAUGCGAGACCACCUUUGUGGGCUAUUUCCCAGCCACUGUGCUUUGGGAGCUGCUGGCGCCUAGCAAGACGGGUUCAGAAAAAGCUGGCACUUUCUACAUUGCCCGCUUCUUGGCUGCUGUCACUUACAGUCCCCUGGCUGCACAAUUGAAGCCCACAACUCCCUUCAAGCAGACCCCGGUCACUAGAAACCCAUUAGUGACCAGCCGGGUAGAAGAAGGACAGAAACCUGACCGUGCAGAGGGGUAUGACCUGGAAAUGAUUGUGCCACUGGGGCGCUACUCCCCACCGAAUCGCCUCCGGCAGCACUUCCCUGCCCUCCAGAAAGCAAACGUCUUCACUGCACCAAAGGAAAUUGCUGAGAUCAAGGCCCAGUUGGAGAAAGCCCUGGAGCAGAGGAACUACAAGACGAAGUUCCAGCUCCUGCUGCACCUGGAGGAGCUGCAGAUGGAGCAUGACAUCCGGCAGUAUGACCUGGAGUCAGUGCUCAUGACCCAGGACCCCACGGACCGCAAUUCCAACCUGCUCACUCUGCAGGUCCCCGGGGUGGCCGAGAGCCGCCCCUCAGUACUGCGGGGUGACCACCUGUUUGCCCGUCUGACCUCUGAGAUACACCAGGAGAACUCCAUCACCUAUAAGGGUUUUGUGCAUAGGGUGGAGUUGGACCGUGUCAAGCUGAGCUUUUCCAUGAGCCUCCUGAACCGCUUUGUGGACGGACUGACCUUCAAUGUGAACUUCACCUUCAACCGCCAGCCCCUGCAGGUGCAGCACCGCGCCCUAGAGCUGGCCGGACACGGGUCGCUGUGGCCCACACUCUUUCCUUCGACUGCCUGUGGGGUCCCGCUGAUGCCCUCAGAUGUGGAACUCAAGCUGUACGACAGGAGUCUGGAGUCAAACCCUGAGCAGAUGCAGGCUUUGAAGCACAUUGUAAUGGGCACCACCCGCCCAGCCCCCUACAUCAUCUUUGGGCCUCCAGGCACUGGCAAGACCGUUACCUUAGUGGAAGCCAUCAAGCAGGUGGUAAAGCUCUUGCCCCAGGCCCACAUCCUGGCCUGUGCCCCGUCCAACUCGGGUGCUGACCUCCUCUGCCAGCGGCUCCAGAACCACCUGCCCAGGUCCAUCUACCGCCUCAUCGCCCCCAGCAGGGACAUCCGCUUCGUGCCCGAGGACAUCAAGCCCUGCUGCAACUGGGAUGCACAGAAGGGGGUUUAUUUGUUUCCUGCCAAGAAGAAGCUGCAGGAAUAUCGUGUCUUAAUUACCACCCUCAUCACUGCCAGCAGGUUGGUCUCGGCCAGUUUUCCCAUCGGUCAUUUCACACACAUCUUCAUUGAUGAGGCUGGCCAAUCCGUGGAGUCCGAGAGUCUGGUGGCCAUAGCAGGGCUGAUGGAAGUCAAGGAAUCGGGCAAUCCAGGAGGGCAGCUGGUGCUGGCGGGUGACCCUCGGCAGCUGGGGCCUGUGCUGCGUUCCCCGCUGACUCUGAGGCACGGGCUUGGUUACUCACUGCUGGACAGGCUGCUCACCACUAACAACCUGUACAAGAAGGAACCUGAUGGCUAUAAUUCCCAGUUCAUAACUAAGCUGCUACGAAACUACAGGUCUCACCCCAGCAUUCUGCACAUUCCUAACCAGCUCUAUUACGAAGGGGAGCUGCAGGCCUGCGCCGACCCCAUAGACCGAGAGCGCUUCUGCCACUGGGAGGAUCUGCCCAAACCGGGCUUUCCCAUCAUCUUCCACGGCGUAAUGGGGAAGGAUGAGCGUGAAGGCAAUAGCCCGUCCUUCUUCAACCCAGAAGAGGUUGCCACAGUGAUUUCCUACCUGAAGAAGCUCCUGGUCCCCUCCUCCAAGAAGGGCAAAGCCCGCCUGAGCCCCCGAAAUGUGGGCAUCAUCUCCCCAUAUCGGAAGCAGGUGGAAAAAAUCCGUUACUGCAUCACCAAGGAGCUUCAGGGACUGGAUGACAUCAAGGACUUGAAGGUGGGCUCUGUGGAAGAGUUCCAAGGCCAGGAACGCAGCGUCAUCCUCGUGUCCACCGUGCGAAGCAGCCAGAGCUUCGUGCAGCUGGAUCUCGACUUUAAACUGGGUUUCCUUAAGAACCCCAAGAGGUUCAAUGUGGCUGUGACCCGGGCCAAGGCCUUGCUCAUCGUGGUUGGCAACCCGCGCCUCCUGGGCCACGACCAUGACUGGAACGAAUUCCUGAAGUUCUGUAAAGAAAAAGGGGGUUACACCGGGUGCCCCUUCCCUACCAAACCGGACCUCCAGCAGGGUCAGUACUUACUUCAAGAGCUGAGCAAGCUCAGUGUCUCUACCUCAGGGCCCGCAAAUCAUGACUACCUUCCCGCUGAGCAGAGGGGUGAAGGCAGCCUGUACCUGCAAGUGGAGCAAGAGUGGAGGAGCGAUCACUGAAGACAUGACAGGGACCUUCUCACACCAGCCAAGCCUUAACCCCCCACCCCGAGCCUGACCCCAGCCUGAACCUGCCCCCAGCCCAGCAGCCCUUCAGAGGGACAGAAAGGCUGGGAGAGGGAGUUUACAUCCCAAGCCAUUCCACCCCCUCCCCUGCUGGGGAGACUGACCCACCAAGCUGCUAACAAAUGCAGGGAGAAGAAAAACUCUGAAAACAAAAUCUUGUUCUAUGCAAAAGUCUUUGUGACUCAGCCUGGCCCAGCUUCCUGAGCUCCCAAGCUGACCCAGACCCCCGUGAGGGCUGUGUCCCUUCCCCACAAGAGGAGAGGCGCCCCCAGGGCCAGGGGAGGAAACCCAGUAGGAGGUGGCAGGGAAGCCACCCACAGGCUUCUAAGUUUAGCCCCUGCACCAGACCACUCCCCUCGCCCGCCUCCCAGGCCUGGAGCCAGGCAUGAUCUCAUCCUUUGCUCCAAGACUCCACCCGGCCUGCCCUGAGUCCUGCCUUUGCAGACAAGGGCCAGCAUUGCAGGUGACUUGCAAACAAGGAAAGAUGGGGCUCCAGGCUCACAGCCAAGACAGAGACCAGGAGAGAAGGGCCGGAAGCUGUCACACACAUUGGAGCUGUGGCCUUUAUUCAUGGCCCCCACCAAGGACAGCCAGAGGAAAGGCCCUGUCCACACCAGAAACAGGGAGUGGGGGUGGGGGCAGGGGGUUUCUCUCUGGGUUACACCCUCCCAGUCCCCUACCCCAGACCCUCUAGUGAGCCAGAAGUGUAUAAAGUGCUGGUGAGUGAUGAUUCUCUGGGGAAGCCAAAGGGGUCGAGAACCUGGCCAUGGCUA